CUUGGCGCCGUGCCAUUCAAACUGGUGCCGACACAAUCAUGCCGCGCUACGUCGUCUACUUCUACCACCGAUACCUGGCGUUCCGCUUCGCCGAAUUCGACGCAGUGCUCAAGAUACAAGGCAUACACGAUCCAUCCUCUGUCUAUGUCCGUCCUUCGGAAGCGCACGAUGAAGCGACGACGCAGUCCCCGUUCCUGCAACUUACAUUACCGUCGAACGAGGUUGCCGCCGCCGUGGCGGCACGAUGCGUCUUGGUGAAGGGAAUCUAUAGGUACAUCGCGAGUGGAUCAACCUAUGACGAGUUAUUGCAGCACGCGAUGACAGAAACCCCACUUCAUCCGGUCGACGGUACCUGGAGCUUAUGGGUGGAUUGCUUUGGACUGCGUCUGUCGUUGCAAGGGCAAGACCAACGACGACAUCGAAUCACGUCCGUUCUGGACUUUCCAGGGAACGUGCAGCUCAAGAACGCGCAGUUCAUAUACUGGCUGUUCGAGGACAAGGGUGUCCUUCCGACGGAAAUCGCCGUGAAGCAAGUCAUUUUCGCACGGGAAAUCACGCCGGUAGAUAGCCAUGUCACGACGCGGCACUGGAUCGACAAACACCGACUGAAGAAGCGCAAAUUCAUCGGACCCACGUCCAUGGAUCAUGAACUGAGUCUCCUCAUGGCGAACCUGGCCCUCGUCGUUCCUUCGACCUUUGUGUGCGAUCCAUUCGUCGGAACCGCCAGCGUCCUUGUCGCGUGCGCCCAAUUUGGCGCCAUGUGCAUCGGAGGCGACAUUGAUCCUCAACCGCUUCACGGGACUCGUCCUGGACUGAACAUCGCCGCCAACUUUGCGCAGUAUGGCCUUCCUGUUCCAGACCUGCUUCGGUGGGACGUGGCACACCCACCACUGAAUUGCCGCCUUCGCAAUCCCACGUUGCAGUUUGACGCGAUCGUGUGCGACCCCCCCUACGGCAUGCGAGAAAGCGCCCAAUCCACAUCCAUCGACCAAGGCAAAGUGACGGCUUUGCCGCCCCAUGCGGUUAUUCCACCGCUUCUUUCGUUCGCAGCGACUCAUCUUUUCCCGCGAGGCCGAUUGGUUUAUGUCAUGGCGUGUCAGAAGCGCGAAGAACACGACUAUGCAGACCAUGUCCCAACGAAUCCCCUCCUCCGUCUGCUGCACGUAUGUGUCCAAGAAAUGACGCGGAAAUGGGUGCGACUAUUUAUCGUCAUGGAGCGCGCAGACAGCGAUGACCUUGAUCAACUUAAGGACCUGGAAGAGAGCCACGCGAGGACAGCAUCUACAUCCAGUGUCGUGUUGGAGGAUGUUCGCGGUCGUAUUAGGCGUACAUGCGCGCCGUCGUGCGCGCAAUAAUUUGGAGAAUUUCGUCAAUGUCUUCCUCGGUAAACUUCUUGUUCAAGCUCGGGAUAAGCGCCAUCGCUUCUUCGGGCUCUUCAGGAUUCAAGUUCGAGAGACACGCGAUCUCAAACUCUUCCAACCGCACUUCGAUCGCUUGCGACGGGUCGUCCGGACUCUCGCGCGUGAACUCAUACGUAAUCAGAGCCUCACGAAGCUCCGUGACACUUGCCUGGUUGGCAACCGGGUCCUUCGUCCCCGAGAACCUCUGCACGUAUGAAUAUGUCUUCUGGAACACCGACGUGAGUGGCUUCUCGGAACUCUCGUAGUCCGACUUUUGCUUUUCGAGAAUCACCGCCACUUCUGCAUUCGACAAGCACGUUUCUUGCUGGAAGUCUUCACCCAAGUUCAGCUCUGCCGCAUCUUCCGUGUCCAUCGCGUGCUGACGGCCCAUCAUGGCAUGGUUCAUGAUGGAAGUCGGAAACACUCGACAGGUG